AUGGCAUUCUUCGGCUUCCGCGCUUACCCUACGCCCAUCCUGAAGCCCAUGUGGCCGUUCUUCAUCGCCGCCGGUGUCGUCUUCUACGGCGUCAACAAGCUGCAGGACAUGGCGGUCUCCACCGAGGAGGCAUCCAAGGACCCUCGCAACCCGCCAGAAGGUGCUCAAGGCGGCCCACCACUAAGUGCAAAGCGACGACAACAACAACACACGGCUUUGACGGCUGGGUUGCCACUUUCUUGCAUCGCUGAUCAUACGAAAAGCAGGCCGCAACUCGAUACACUGCAGUAUUCCCAGCACGUCUCGGCCAUCCCUCGUUGCGCAAUGCACACCUAG